AUGUACUCAAUGCAUUACUCAAUAUGAUAAUAAUCAGUGAAAAUUAUUUUUUUGAUUGUUGAAAACUGAAUCCAGUAUCUUAUAACUUAUGAAUUAGGGGUGGAUUUCAAGGGUAGGGGAUGUGAACGGAUGCAACCGCUGUGUUGCAUAUAUGACAUCAUCGUUGUUCAUGCCAAAAGAUAAUUAUAAACACAGUGGAAUCACGUACCAUUCACCAUGCGUUAUUAGUUAUUAUAUAUAUAUAUAUAUAUAUAUAUAUAUAUAUACACCAUGAGCUCAAGGGAAAAACAGUCCCGCGUAGGUUAUGUUUCGUUUGCUACAGCAGAGAAAAAACCAUUCAAAAGUUAUGCAUUCACUGAAUUGAAGCAAUUAUGCAAUCAGCAGAAUAAAAGUUAUGAUACAUUGACUAAGGCACGAAAUAUAACACAGACACUUAUUCGUAACACUACUUCAAACUGUAACAGUGCUACUAACCAACAAUUAAUUAUAGAUUUAGUUAAUAAUAUACUCCCUUGCUUUGACAAUGACAAUAAACCAAACGAAAUUGAUUUAGAAACAAUUUACGAAGAUAUAACAACAAAAGUAUGCAUUUACUACGAAUUGGUCAAUUUUAGGACGAUUAAUAGUCAAUGCUUAGGAAAUAAAAGCAGUUCAUACUACAAAUGUGGAAAUAUAAUUUUGCAAAAUAAACCUUUAGAAUCUGACAUGCUCUUCUUUAUACUUGCAAUGACUCAUUCAGAUAAAGAAUGCAACUUAUAUACAAAUUUAAAUAAGUGCGCGAUGGAGAGAGUUACUAAUAAAUGUAAUUCCGAAGUUCAUAAAUUAAAAAAUUUACAAAAUAAAUUUUUGCUCAGUAUGAAUUGUAAAUACAAUUUUAAUUUAAAUCAGUCAAACUUGACUAAUGAAGAUUUAUGAAUUCACUUACUUCCGGAACUACUUUCUAAUUGAUUGAUUCAAAUCAUUUGUAAUCUUUGUACUUAAAAGCAUGAUUGAAAUAUAAUAAUUGCAAAACCUCAUAA